CCUAGUGUGCCAUUAUGAGAAAUCUUCUCCUAUCUGCAUGCUUUCAGCUUGCUCCAGGCUGCCCAGGUGAACAAGAGCUGGCAUGAGAUUUCAGGCAGUGAUCUCCUGUGGAGGAAGCUGUGUCUGAAAAGAUGGCCCUGUUGCGACAUCCGUCUAGAACUCCUGAACGCACAGACUUGGAAGCAGUUCUUCCUUCACCAAACUAGGCAAGAACACUCUAUGACCCGGGCCAAGCCAGAAGACUUCAUCUACAAAGAAAUACCUGGGGACUUUGGACUGGGUAAUGUGAACUAUCUCUCGGGGAGUGGCUUGACCAGAGAAGAACAAGGAAGAUCGGUUGUCUGCAUGGUAAUAGACUUGACUCGCCUUUCUGCCUGGGAUCUUCAAGAGGGUGUUAUGACCUGGGCAAGCCCAGCACAGUCUGCCAAGAUUGAGAGAGUGGCUACCCUCCCUGAGAUGCACAUUGCAGUCACCGUGGAUAUGGAAGCAACCAUCAAGAUGUGGAACUGUCAUGACAGGGAUGCUCUGGUGACUAACACCAUGUCCGCUUUUUGUGGGUCCCUGGAAGCUGUCCUUACAAAGGAUGGCCCAUUCGUCUUGGCAGGUGAUGUUUUCGGUAGCCUCUACAUAUUUAGGAUUCCCGAAUUACAGCUUAUUUCUAGAGUCCCUGCUUUGAAAUACACGAUUGACACUCUCCGCUGCUCUCCUCAGAAGAAAUGGGUCUUCUUGAAUAAGAAACAUCCACACAUCUCUCCAAAGGCCAUGGAUCUGUCAGUCCACUGGACUGUCUUUAUGGUCUCUACCAGGUUAGAGUCCCAUGGAAUUCAUAAAGUUGCAGCCUUCCGGUUACCAUAUUACAUGGAGAGCCUAGGAUGGAUGGGAGUCAGCGAUAAGAAUGCAAUUGUGUUUUCAAGCAAGUCAUCUCUAUUCGUCUAUAGCAUGCAAGGCAUCCAGCUGCAGAGAUUUGAAGGCUGCCUGCAAAGGACCAUGAAAUUACUAGUGGAUCCUCUCCACGUCAUCUCUUUAUCUACUGAUGGUUCUUUGGAUGUGUACACGUGGGAGGAGAGAAGGCUAUACCUCAGGAAGUGUUACCGCCUACAAAACGAGACACAUGUGGGACCAACAAGCAUCAUCUCCAAAGCACAGUGCAAUAACGUGAGCAUAGCUCGAGUGGUGGGAACGGGUUCCAGAUGCCCCUUUCUGUCGCCCGAAGCUUGCUGCUGUUCUUGGAUCACAGCCCGGAGAGACAGCACGGGGGCACCGCCAGCUCUGAAUGUUGAAAUUUCUAAGGUCCUGCAGGUAGAGUGUGUGGCUCCUCCCAAGGAGAACCAGGACAUGGGGGAGAGGGAGGGUCCUAAAAACCAGGAGACUUGGGGCCAACUCUUGCUAUGGCUGGAACAGUCUUGCACAGAGAUCCUGCUGGUCACUUACAGAGUUGGCAUGAAAGAGCUGCCCUCAGACAACCUGAAAGAAGUUCGUUCAGCAAGUGGGAAGAGCAUCCUCCUGUCAUGGCCACCUGCAGCAGAUGCGGUGCCUGAGCAUCACCCCUGCAGCUGCGGUAGAUGCAUCACCCCUGCAGCUGCUGUAGGUACGGUGCCUGCGCAUUGCAUUGCCCCUGCAGCUGCGCUCAAUGCUGGGGACAACUGCUCCACCUCUGGUGUGUUGACCUGGCCUGAGGAAGCUGCAGUUCACACCCCCUCUCUAAUGCCCGCCAUCUGUGAAGUGGCUCUGGACAAACUGUCCUUUCCUGACAAGGACUUUGGAGAUGACAAAGAAGGCCUCCUCUUGGAAAUGUAUCAGCCCAUCUCUUCAAACCUUCAGGAAGCAGAGCCUGCCACCUGA